GCACGGACCCCAUUAUGUAAGCUACAUAAUGUUCAACCUGCGGGUGAGCGCUAAGACAGGCGCCAGUAUGGGCGCUAGUAGUACAAGGAAUAGAACGGAAAGACAAAUGUUUCAGCCACAGCGCAUCUAUCGACAUGGAUGCCGAGCUGAACGUAGGCCUCUCCAUGGAGGAGGGCACUGCCGGGGCAUUUGGCAGGGACAUGGUACGUUGAAAAUCUUGUCCCUCGAGAUGUUGAAAUUCUAACGUCUGAUUAGUACGUCCCGCCGGACGUCAACAUGGCGCGGUCGUCCAGUAUGUCGAUGCCCCAAGAAGAUGGCGCGCCCGUUGCAGGGCCGUCGCGAUUCCCGGGUGCACUCGGCGACUCGACCGACAGGAAUGGGGAGAGAGCUGAUCUCUCACCCAUUCAAACAUCGCGUGGGGAUCCUGUAUCCCUCGCGAUCGCCCCUGGUCUGCUAUACGCAGAGCAGGGUGCAACAACAAGAAGAUACAAAGUUUCCAUCGACGAAGAUGACAGUGAAGAAGAAGAGCUCGAUGCAUAUGACGAUGGAGCAAAUGACAACAAGGACGAUGCUUACAACGAGGACGAUGCUUUCAUUCUCGACACCGAUGACGAGGACAACGAGGUUGAGUCUGCAGAUCUCGAUGACGACGUCAACUUUGAAGCAACUGGCGACUUACCACUAGUCGCCCCUCCCCUCGACAGACCCAUAACGCACUCCCACACUCGCGCGUCCUAUGGAAACAGCGGGUUGACAAUGCCCGAUGUCUCGCGUGGGCAAAAGCGCAGGGCUGACGAAGAUGGCGAGGAGGAUGAUGCUGACGAGAGGGCGGUGAAGAAGGCACGGAAGGGCAAGGCGAAGGACAUUUCCCAGACGAAGCAGAAGACCAAGGUGAACGCGAAGGAUACGGCGAAGACAAAGGGCAAUGCGAAGGCAAAAGGUAAGGCGAAGCGUAAGGCAAAAGCAAAAGCGGGCAACGCGAAGAUCAAGGUCAGAGGUAUUGGAGGGCAGUUCCCGUGCCUGAAGCCUGGCUGCACAAAGUCGUUUCGACGCAUCACCGACAGAAAUCGCCAUCUCAGAUCCAGCUGUUCAAAGGAAAAGACAGGCGACCUCGAGAAACCCCGCUGCUCCCACUGCAAUAAGCAGUUCUCCAGGGACGAUGCAGUCAAGCGGCACAUCGAUGACGGUGCGUGUCCUGCCUAUAAACAGCCACCUGGAGAGUCGAAGGAGUCCGGAGCGUCGAGUGACGGGAACGACGGAAAGCGUAAGGGUGGAGAUAAGGGCGGUCGUGGUGGAGGAAAUGGAAAGGGCGGUCGCGGCGGAGGAAGGAGCGGCCGUGGUAGAGGAAGAGGCGGUCGUGGUAGAGGAAGGGGCGGUCAUGCCUAA